CGUCAGUCUCAGGGCGGAAGCACGAGAGAGCGAGGCGGCGUGCGACCCCGGGAUGCCGCUGGCGGGCGAGGCCGAAGCGCGGCGUCGGCGAGCUACGCGGAAGAGGCUGGAGAAGUUCGCUGGGUUGAGAGGUAAAACUGUGCAGACUGGAGAGUUUUGGGAUGUUGUUGUAAUAACAGCAGUUGAUAAAAAGCAAGAAAUAGCUUAUCAAAAACAAUUAUCAGAAAAGCUGAAAAGAAAAGAAUUGCCCCUGGGUGUGGAUUAUCAUGUUUUUGCUGAUCCUCCUGGACCCAAAAUUGGAAAUGGUGGAUCAACACUUCACGCCCUUCGGUGUUUAGAAGAGUAUUAUGGAGAUAAAUGGGAUACCUUCACUAUCAUAUUAAUUCAUUCUGGUGGUUAUAGUCAACGUUUACCGAAUGCCAGUGCCCUGGGAAAAAUUUUCACAGCUUUGCCCUGUGGGGAUCCAAUUUACCAAAUGCUUGAUUUGAAAUUAGCCAUGUACAUUGAUUUUCCUGCUUGUAUGAAUCCAGGUGUUUUGAUUACAUGCGCAGAUGAUAUUGAAUUUUAUAAUAUUGAUGCAACAGAACUCCUGAGGUUUAAUCAGUCUGGAUUUACUGCAUUAGCUCAUCCUUCCAGUUUGAGCAUUGGUACAUGUCAUGGAGUUUUUGUAUUGGAGCCUCCAUUACCCCUGAUAGAAAAAGAACUUGAGUACAGAUCUUGUAAUCUUUUUCUGCAUAAGCCUAGCAUUGAAAAAAUGUAUCAGUCUGGAGCAGUGUAUAAAAGGAAUAAUUGUCAAACAUUACCUCCUGGGGACCUGGGGGAUUCAUUUAUGGAAUCUGAGUUUGUAUAUACAGAUAGCUUAUUUUACAUUGAUUGCACCACUGCAAAACUGAUGCUAACAUUUUAUAAACAGAUAGGCAAACUUUGCUAUGAAAUAGAUGCCUAUGGUGACUUUCUGCAGGCAUUAGGGUCUGGAGCAACAAAAGAUUAUGCAACAAAAGUUGAAAAUGUCACAAAAGAAUCAGGUCUAAUAGAAAUAAGAGAGAAGAUGUUUAACAUACUAAAAGGUUUGCCUCUCAAUGUUAUACUCCUAAAUAAUUCCAAAUUCCAUCAUAUUGGAACUACUCGUGAGUGUUUGUUUCAUUACACUUCUGAUAGAAAAAUGAAAUUGGAGUUGGGUCUGCUGCCAAAUAUUUUUAGCAUCUGUUCAAACAAGGCAGAAGACUUGGAUAAAUCGGCAUGUAUCAUUCACAGUAUGCUUAGUUCAAAGUGUUUUGUUGCACCUGGUUCACUAAUUGAAUAUUCUAGAUUGGAUUCCAAGGUUUCAGUAGGGACAAACAGUAUCAUCAGUGGCUGUUCCAUUGACACAGAAGCAAAUAUACCACCAAAUACUUUUAUGACAACUCUGAGCAUAAGAAUUGAUGGAGAAUUAAAGUAUGUGAGCAUGGUGUUGGGCAUAGAAGAUAACUUGAAAAAGACUGUGGCAAAUCUUGCAGAUAUAAACCUACUAAGUUUUUUUGGCAUUGGUCUUAAACAAUGCUUAGAGCUUUGGGGCUUGAGAAUUUCAGAUGAGCUCUUUUCAGGGGACAAAACAUGUCUGAGUUUGUGGACUAUUCGAAUCUUCCCUGUAUGCUCUUAUUUAAGUGAUUCGGCGAAAGUGUCAUUAGGGAUUUUAAACUCAGUGCAAAAUAAGUCCCCGUUUAAUUUAGAUAGUUUUAAGCUGUUGUCUAUUGAACAAAUGCUUUGCUACAAAGAUGUUGAAGAUAUGCUGAAAUUCCGGCAGCAACUUUAUGAAGAAAUCAAUCUGCAGAAACUGAAAGAAAAAUCUAUUAUAUAGAAGUGGCUGAAAAAUGGUACUUUUCCCCAUAUUUUAAUUCAAUGAGGGCUAAUUGCUUUCAAGGUUUCCAAAUCCCAGAAGCAAGCACUAUGCAUAUUUUUGUGUUUCAUUGAAGUAGAAAUAAUGAAACUGCAUUAAGACUGUUAUUGUAGCAUAACAUUAAUAAUGCAAAAAAUGCAGAUAAACUAUUCUUUUGAUGAAAACAUUAAUGAAAUAUUUUGAAAUCUAUAAAAACACAAAGGAGGAAAUUUUCUUUGCUUCAUAUUAUUACGUUUUCAGGUUUUUUAUUCAAGUGGGAAAUAAAAGUUAUUAAUUAGGUAUUUGAUUGAAAAUUACUUAAAACUUUUUACAUAGAAAAAGUUGUUUCUGACAACAUUCUUAUUUUUCAGGUUUGUUCAUUACAAACAAGCAAUAAAGUUAUGUUAUUUCUUAAAUGUAUGUUCAUAACACUAUUCUGUGUUUCAUGUGUAAAUCUGAUAUCUGUUUACAAGGCUGAGGUCAAAUGAAGCAAAAUAAAUUGAAAUGUGCAAAUUAGGUAAUCAGGAUUUUGUUUAAAUAUGUUUCAUUCUGAACAUGAAUGGUACUGAGAAAACUGUCAUAUUUUGAUAUAGUUAUAAGAUAAAGAUUAUUAAUAAUUCUAGGCAUAUCCUGGCAUUAUCAUUACCACAUAAUUAUGGAUUGCUUUCUUCAAAGGUUAUAUCUAAACUUUAACCUAAUUUUGUAUAAUGAUCGUGUCAAAAUAAUAAAAAGAUUAUUUUAAAAUGCCUAUUUAUUAAUGAAUUUAUAUGCCUGCCCAUCUCACAUAUGUACUGGGUGGCUUACAAUUAAAUAGAUAAAACAUAUCAAUACAAAUGGUAAAAAUCACUAUUAACAUGACUAGGAGAUAGGCUCCAUCACAUAUUUAGAACCCCAGGUUCAAACACAAAACAAUAUAUAAAAAAAAACAAGUUUUCAAGACCUGACAAAAGAUCAGCUGAUAUAACCUGCCAGCUGAUAUUGCUUAGCCAACAAUACUCAGAAAAUGUCCUUCCUACCAGAUCUGGAAGGACAGAAAAUGGGAAAGAUUAUCAAUAUCCUGAUUCCAAGUCAUGAAUUGUACCCAGAAACACACUGGAAAUCAGUUUAGCUUGCAGAACAGUGGUAUCAUGGCAGAUAACCAAUUCCAUUAACUGCCUGCACAGCCACAAUCUGCAUUAUAGAAUACUCUUCAAGGGCAGCCCUAUAUACAGCAUGUUGCAAUACUCCAGUCUGGACGUUGCUCUCUGUAAGUUCUUUGACAUCCAUCUGACAAAAUAUAUAUUAAAUAAAAUAAUAUUAUAAUAAAAUAUAUAUUAUUUUUAACUAGCAAGUUCUUAAAAUUAUGAUAUUUACAUAUGCCAUUUUCUUCUAUUAACCUUUUUUGGAAAUAGAUUCUGGGGAUAGUCUAAUCUAAAAACAAAUUGUAAUUCAGAAUCUAGCUAAAGUCUGAACAAAUAAGAACAUUAUUGUGUGAGUUUCAGGCAUGAAUCCAAAGCACAGAAUUUUCAAAAUAUCAAAUUGUCUCUCAAGGAUCUUAAAAUCUGAAGUGAUGCAAGCAAGAGCAAUUUUCUCACAAAACAUCAGACCCACUUUGGAGAUACUUCUUGUUUAUGAAAUUAACCCCAUACAUCUUUUAAGCUGAGUGGAGCUUUCCUAGUUAUGCAUAAAAGUGAAAACAUAAAGAAGGAUAAAGGGAGGGGAAAAAGACCAGGGGGUGAGGACAGCCUGGCCAACAGUGACAGUGAGUGGUGUGUGUGAUUUUUGAGAAUAUUGUGAGUGUCUCCUAGAAGUCAAUGUUCUUUGUUUGGUAGUUAUUUUUUUUUUUCCUUUUCUUUUUUAGUUUCUCUCUUCAUUGUUUGGCUUUGUAAUUGAGAUUAAAAGGAGGGGGUGAGGACUUGCACUUCUUGCAUAAUGGGAUAUAUCUUAGUAGCAUUUGGAUGAGUCGAACAGGGAAGAGGAAAGAGGCAAUUUCACAAUCUUACGUUGAUUAAAUAUAAACCUCCUGAUACAAUUGAAAGAAGAGCUCUAAGAAAAUCUGCAACUUUUAAAAAGACAAGUGAAUUUUGUUAAUAUAAAUGGUGAUAAUUUAUAAAGAUUAUUAAUUGGAAAUAGAAAUACAUAUUAUUUCUACAGCAAGGAAAAUAAAGCAAAAAUAGUU